GCGUUACGAACUACCGAGGCCUGUAGUACACGCGACGAAGGGCACGAUGAAUACGGAUAUACACUUACCAAUAUGUCAACCGACGAUAAUCCGGAUGCAUCCUGCAGCACUUGUGUCGCCUUUUUUUUUUACUAUCAGCAUCAGUGACAAGAUGAAGAGUGGGGCGUUACUGCGUUCCACUAUAAGGAGUUCCAAAGAAGACCGUCAAUUUCUCCUGCAGAUUCCUGCUGUUCCCGUUCGUAAAGUGAGAAGAUAUCUGGUCACCGAUGCUGACAGCCAGGAAGCGGCGAUACAAGUGCUGCAGGAUGCAUCCGGAUUAUCAUCGGUCGACAUAUUGGUGGACUUCCUGCGCAUAUAUGACGUGCUGCACCCUAUGCAAGAUAUAAUGCAAUAUAUGCGGGAGUACUUCAGCCCAGAUAGAUCCGAGUACUUUUCGGAGGCCCUCUCCCUCAUCUCCCUCGGACUGCAUCGCGUUUUUCGCAGCGAGAUGCGAGUAAUAAGUUUGGGCAUUGACCUUAGCCUAAAAUCUGACAUUUCGCUGCUGCACCGCCACUUUUCGCUAUUUGGCGACGCCGCAGUUAUGGGCAUGGCCCACGAACAGCAGCCCGUGUACCGCUAUAUACUUCGAGAGUAUCGCAAACUCAAUCCAGGAACAAAGUGCGGAGAGGCGCCCGGCAAAGGCUUUCCGGGGUUCAACAGCGGAGUCGUCCUGCUUGACCUUGGUCGCAUCAGGUCGUCCACUUUCUACCAGAGUUUCCUGCGUGAACAGGCUGUGAAGAAACUGACGGCCAAGUAUUUUUCCAGCGGCCAUCUAGGUGAUCAGGGCUUUUACACGUUGCUCUAUUGCGAGCAUCCGGAGCUGUUUUACGUCCUGCCCUGUGCGUGGAACAGGCAGCUGUGUCAAUGGUGGAAAGAUAACGGUUAUGGCAGUGUACUCAAUGACUAUCAUAACUGCACGGGGGAAGUGCAUGUGUAUCAUUACAACUGUAAUUUACCCAUUCCGGGAAAACAUUUGGAAGACUAAUCUCGAUACAUGUUGAGCUGGAGGAGCUCCAUAUUCAGUUGCAGAUUGCAGGUAAUAAAUGACUGUUGUGUUGAAAGUCAAGUCUGA